AUGGUGGCAGGGCCAGCGGACGCCCGAAGGCGGGUGGGGAGCCAGGGACGCGGAGGAACUGGGAUCGCGUGGGGGUGCGGACGGACGGGGGCGUGGGGUGCGGACGGACGGGGGCGUGGGGUGCGGACGGACGGGGACGGGGGGGGCGGACGGGGGCGUGGGGUGCAGACGGACGGGGACGUGGGGUGCGGACGGGGACGUGGGGUGCGGACGGGGACGUGGGGUGCGGACGGACGGGGACGUGGGGUGCCAGACGGGACGUGGGGUGCGGACGGACGGGGGCGUGGGGUGCGGACGGACGGGGACGUGGGGUGCGGACGGACGGGGACGUGGGGUGCAGACGGACGGGGACGUGGGGACAAAGAGAAGAAGAAGAAAGAGAGCAUCUUGGACCUGUCGAAGUACAUUGACAAGACCAUCCGGGUGAAGUUCCAGGGUGGCCGGGAAGCCAGCGGGAUCCUGAAAGGGUUUGACCCACUACUCAACCUGGUGCUGGACGGGACCAUCGAGUACAUGCGAGACCCCGAUGACCAGUACAAGCUGACGGAGGAUACGCGGCAGCUGGGGCUCGUGGUGUGCCGCGGCACGUCUGUGGUGCUCAUCUGCCCGCAGGACGGCAUGGAGGCCAUCCCCAACCCCUUUGUGCAGCAGCAGGAGGCUUAGGUGGAGGGCCACCUGGCUCCGGCGACCUCCCCUCCUGGGUGAACUUCUGCGUGGUGUUUUGGUUUCUGUUUCUGUUUUAUUUUGUUUUUUAAUAAAAUUGCCACUUGAGCAUCCAAGUCUCCUUCCCUA